AUGGGUCACUUGAAUCUCCCUUCGUCGAAGCGUAAUGUGAAGCAAUGGCGUUUGUUAGAUAUAGUAACUGCAAUUUUCUUUGGGGCAGUGUUGCUUUUCUUCCUGUUAGUGUUUACCCCAUUGGGGGACUCCUUGGCGGCUUCGGGGAGGCGGACUUUGUUGAAGUCAUCGGGUUCGGAUCCGAAGAACCGGGGGAGGCUGGUGGCGCUGGUUGAAUUUGGGCAGCAGGCGGCGUCCAUAGAUGCGUGCCCGGCCGAUAUGGUGGAUCAUAUGCCCUGUGAGGAUCCCCGGCUGAACAGUCAGCUUAGUAGGGAGAUGAAUUAUUAUAGAGAAAGGCAUUGCCCCUGGCCGGAGGAGACGCCGCUCUGCUUGGUCCCCCCGCCUGAUGGGUACCGCAUUCCGGUCCACUGGCCGGAGAGUUUGCAAAAGAUAUGGCAUGAUAACAUGCCAUAUAGUAAAAUUGCUGAGAGAAAAGGCCACCAAGGAUGGAUGAAAAAAGAAGGCCCAUAUUUCAUAUUUCCUGGUGGUGGCACAAUGUUCCCAGAUGGAGCACUGCCAUAUAUUGAGAAACUUAAACAGUAUAUACCUAUAACUGGCGGAGUUUUGAGAACGGCUCUUGAUAUGGGAUGUGGGGUUGCUAGUUUUGGAGGAUACAUGCUUGCUGAAGAUAUUUUAACUCUUUCUUUUGCUCCGAGAGAUUCACACAAAGCACAAAUUCAGUUUGCUUUAGAAAGAGGAAUACCAGCAUUUGUUGGGAUGCUUGGCACUCGCAGACUUCCAUUUCCUGGUUUUUCUUUUGAUUUGGUGCAUUGUUCUCGCUGCUUGAUUCCUUUCACCGCAUAUAAUGCAACAUAUUUUCUUGAAGUUGACCGACUACUUCGCCCAGGAGGCUACCUUGUCAUAUCUGGCCCCCCCAUACAAUGGCCUAAACAAGAUAAAGAAUGGGCUGAUCUCCAGGCAGUAGCCAGAGCCUUGUGUUACGAGCUCAUUGUAGUGGAUGGAAACACUGCCAUAUGGAAAAAGCCUAAUGGUGAUGCAUGUCUUCUUAAUCAAAAUGAAUUUGGGCUUGACUUAUGUGAGGAAUCUGAGGACCCUAGUGUUGCAUGGUACUUUAAGUUGAAGAAAUGUGUGAGCAGGAUGUCUUCUGCCAAGGGAGAAUAUGCAGUUGGGACAAUUUCAAAAUGGCCAGAGAGAUUGAUAAAGGCUCCUUCAAGGGCCAGUGUGAUGAAAAAUGGAAUUGAUGUGUUUGAAGCUGACAACCGAAGAUGGUUGAGAAGGGUCACUUACUAUAAAAAUACACUAAACUUGAGACUAGGAACUCCAUCCGUACGAAAUGUCAUGGACAUGAACGCAUUUUUUGGUGGUUUUGCUGCUGCACUAAUAUCAGAUCCUGUUUGGGUUAUGAACGUUGUCCCUGCUCGUAAGCCUUUAACACUUGAUGUCAUAUUUGACCGUGGUCUUAUUGGAAUUUACCAUGAUUGGUGUGAACCUUUCUCAACAUAUCCUCGGACUUACGAUUUCAUCCAUGUAGCUGCAAUUGAAUCUCUUAUAAAGGAUCCCAUCUCUGGGAAGAGCAGAUGUAACCUUGUGGAUUUGAUGGUUGAAAUUGAUCGAAUUUUGCGUCCUGAAGGGACAGUAUUGGUCCGUGAUUCACCAGAAGGGAUUGACAGAGUAGAGCGUAUUGCUCGUGCUAUAAGAUGGAAAACUUCUAUACAUGAGAAAGAAACGGGGUCACACGGAAGGGAGCAGAUUCUUGUAGCUACAAAGACUUUCUGGAAGCUACCUUCAUCGAUCUAA